GGACGACCUUACCGCGGUAUAAAACUCGACUGCGGCGGCGUCCCGGACGGAAUCGUAUCGAUUGUAUUAUUAUUGUUGCCGUCGAAAACGCGAGCGCCGCCGCCAUCGUAACUCUCUCUCGUAAUUCUCGUUCUUGGCCGCUACUACUGCUACUACUACUACUACUACUACAACUUACAACUACUGUCUACUACUCACUAGUAUCAGCUCUGUUCUCGUGGUGUUCUGUUGUGCGCCGUAGUACGAAGUGCACGUCCUGUUUUUGAGUUUUCACGAUUCAGUGUUGUUAACGUCAUCAUCGCCUGUUUGCCGCGUAGCCUGAACGUUUACUGCAAAUAAGUUGUUUUUUCGUUCUACCGCCGGACUGACAGCCACACUAAAGUUAUUGUAAUCGUCUACGGAUACCGCGUGGAACUGUAUUUUUUCCUUCAGUCGUUUCGGCGACAAUAAUGCGUGUUUCGUACUCUGGCUACCGUUUGAAAUCUAUCGACGUUAAUUACGUGUCUCGAGUCUUGCAACUCAAAGGCUGAUCGUGUAUUCGGCCAACACAACCUACUUGCCAACCCACCCACUCGCCUACUUACCGACUUCUCCGGGUUCCCGUCUUCCUUGAUCUUCCCGCACCGAGGAUCCACCCCGCCGCCCGGUACAAUACACCGGACGCUGAAACUGGACGUCUAGAUUGCUGUUAAAGUACACCUACGGUGGUCAAAGUGGACGCGUCACAUUUCUUGUGCACCAUCACACUGGCCAACAAAUUGGACUACGUCGUCCGAAGAAGACCGAUUGGUGGCAUGAGGCCAGAUCUGCAGAAGCUCAUCUAUCACACAUCGUCGGAUCACUUUUCAGAGCUCGACGCCGCUGCCGUGCUUUAGUCCGUCCAGCAGCCAGCAGCAUACACAACAUUAGCAUACAACAAUAAUAAUAUUUUAAUCUCAGCGAGUUUGUUAGUACUGCCGUCAUAACCAUGGCGUUCACCGGUCUGAGGCUAUCCACCAAAAAGGACUGGCAACGUCAGUCGCAGUCCGAGUCCGAGGACGAUGACAUGGUCGGAAGGAAAGAUCUGAUGCCGAUCGUCAUGUCCCAAGGUUAAUAAUAACAUUAAACAUCAUAUGUUAAAUUAUCGAAUAACUUAAAAGAUACCUAUAGGUGGGCCACACAUCCUUCCCCCAAGUGGGUAAUUACGUAGAUAGAUACUUACAUAAUACACCUAGUUUAUUGUUGAGGUUAUACCGUCCACGGACUUGUCGAAUAUAAAUAUUGCGUUAUUAGCGAAUGUACGCAAAGUUCUGACAUUUUAAAAAUUAUAACACCGUUGGUCGCUGAUAAGUAGGUUAGAUAUACUUUUUUGUGUGGGUGAUCCAAAAAAAAAAUAAAAUAUAUAACUUCCCUGUUGAUAAUGUAAAAAAAGCUACUACUUAUUAUACAUUUGGCCGAGUUCCAGCGGUUUCAAAAUUGACUGUGAAAUAAUUUAAUCGCUUGUGUACCUACCUAAGUUAGGGCAAGUUUCUAAAGAAAUCUUGAUAUUAUAUUGACAAGCAGACAUUUUAUCUAUUUUGUUUAAUCGUAUAAGGAUAUCUACCUACUUAAUAUUUAUAAUAAAUGUUGAGAAAUCAACUUUAAAUACUUGCCUUGGUAAAAAUACAAAUUAAAGUAAUAUUUUUAGGUACCUUUGUGGUGAAAAAAAAUUUAAUGUUCUUAGAAAAUAUAAUCAUUUUAAUUUUAAAAAUAAAAUAAUAUAUUGUAAUAACAAUUUUCUUAGAAUAGAGUAGGUAUCUAUGUUAGUGGUAAUUAUAUUGAUUUCUACUUACCCAAGUAAUUUAUUUAGUCAUUUAAUGAGUCAACCAGCCAAAAAAUCUAUUUACAAGUGUUAAACUGAACAUUGGCCAAUAAAUUAUUAUUGAGCAUACAUAGCCAAACAGUGUUUUAGGUAUCUUUUAUGCUUAUCUAACUGUCAGAGUCUUGUGAGUUAGUAGUUACAUUUAUUAUUGUUGAGUAUUAACAUAUUAUUUUGUAUGCAUAAUUUUUUAGUCGGCAAUCAUUUUGUUCCCUUGGUUAUAACUAUGGUUGGUUUGCCAGCGCGUGGCAAAACUGUACUUGCAGAUAAGAUUCAACAAUAUCUCAACUGGACAAAUCAUAAGGCCAAAGGUAUGUAAGAUAACCUAUGAAAAAAGGUUCAAGAGAUAAAUAUAUAAUUGGCAACAUACCUAUAUAAAAAAAAAAAAAUGAUUUAUAUGCAAUAUUUUAUUUCAAAAUUUUAAUGUAUUUAUAUACAACGGGUAUAGUAUUAUGUUAUAUAAAAAUAAUACCCAAUGUAUAUUGUGUACAAUAUAUACCUACAUGAAUUUAUUUGUUUUUUCUUUUAUGAAAAUAUUAAAUUAUUAACUGUUACAUAAUAAUCACAUGUUAAAUUAUUGGAGUAAAUUCUAAAGUUUAUUUGAAGGGCAAUACAAAAUGUAUCAUGAAACCAAUGUUUCAAGUAUUAAAGCAUUAUUAAUGUUAAACCUAAACAUAAUUUUAACUUGAAAAUAUCUUUAUCAAUGAUUAAAAGGUUUAACUAUGAUAAAAUUUAUUCCCAAUAUAAAUUCUAUACAAUUUUCAUUCUACANAUUGAAACCUAGUUAAUAAUUUAAAUUGCCAAUAUCAUAUUAUUUCUCUGAAAUACUACUUCUACAGGUACAUAAAAAAAUAUUUAAUAUUUUUUUUACAUAAUAUAUUUGUAAAUGUAUGUUGAUUUUUAAAUUGUUUUAUUUACAGUGUUUUGUGUGAGCUCAUACAGGCGUAAACAUAUUGAGUCGUAUAGUAGCCAUGACCUCUUCCGUAAGGAAAACAGUGAAGCAGCUGAGAUUCGUCAAUUAAGUGCCCAAGAAGCACAAGAUGAUGCCACAAAAUGGUUACAAGAUGGAGGAGAUGUAGCUGUAAGUAUUUAGUUACCUAUCCGCAUGUAUUAAUGUACAUUUUAAAUGACAUUUUUUUUUUUUUAGAUCUUGGACGGCACUCAUAUUACACAAGCUCGCCGUCAAGCAGUGUAUGAUCAUUUUUACAAAAUUAUGGGGUAUAAGGUAUUAUUUAUUGAGUGUGUUUGUGAUGAUGAGAUGCUCCUGGAACAUAACGUUAAGGAAGUGUUGCAAUUCAGUAAGGACUACAGAAAUAUGUCUAGUGAAAAAGCUCUUGAUGAUUUUCAUCAUAAGAUUGAACAUUACAUGGAACAACAUGAACCCAUGAAACCUAAAACUGAUGGCUAUAGCUACAUUAAAUAUUUGAAUGGAGGUAAUACACAAAUUUUAAAAAAUAAUGACAAUAUAAUUUUCUACUUUUGUAUUAACUUUAAUAAUUCUGUGUAGGAGAAUCACUUACUGUUUGUCGUUUGAAUUAUCCUAUGCAAAGUGAAGUACUAGCUUUUGUUUCAAAUUUCAAGCCAUUAUCAAAAACAUUUUAUUUUUCAAGAGUAUGUAAAGAUUAACCAUAUUUAUUUUUUAUUUUUGGUAACUUAAUUUGAUACAUUUAUAUAGCAUGGUGAAAGUGAAAACAAUGUAUUGGGUCGUAUUGGUGGAGACGCUGAUUUGUCUGUCCGGGGUCGCACAUAUGCUGCAGCAUUGGCACGUUAUUUUAACAGUGAUGAUCGUUUAGAAGAUUUACGUGUGUGGACAAGUGAAUUGAAACGCACUCACCAGACAGCUCAAGGUAUUAAAGCACCAAUAGAACAUGUACCUGCUCUCAACGAGUUAUACGCUGUAAGUACACUUUUUAAUUGUGUAUUUUAUAUUUUAUCUUAUAAUAAACAAUUUGUUUUCUAGGGUGUAUGUGAAGGAUUGAGUUAUGAAGAGAUGCAAUGCAAAUUCCCACAAGAAUUUGCUUGGCGCGAUCAAGACAAGUUGCAGUAUCGUUAUCCAUGGGGAGAGUCUUACAUAGAUAUUAUGACACGAUUGAAGCCAGUAUUGUUGCAACUUGAAGGUGAAAUAGAUAACUUGUUAAUAAUUAGUCAUCAAGCUGUUUUGAGAUGCCUUCUUGGAUACUUUUUGAACAAAAAACAUGGUAAUAGCACAACAUUUACAUUUUUAUUCCAAAACAUUUAUUUACUGUCUAAUGCCUCUUAUAGAAGAAUUACCGUACAUUAAUGUACCUUUACACAUUAUUAUUAAGUUGACCAUAAAUGGAUACAAAUGUAAAAUGGAAGUGAUUAAGUUAAACAUAGAAUGUGUGGAUACAUAUCGCAUACAACCCAAGGUUCGUUGUAUUUAUAAUAAAUUUAAAAUAAAAAUUUAUUAUGUUAAAUAAAACUAUUGGUUUAAUUUUAUAAAAUAAUAUUAUUUUAAUAAUUAAAAUUUAUUUUAGAACUGCUCCAUCAACCGUUCAGCUGACGAUGCUCUACUAACAGUGCCAGCUCAUUUUGAGAAUUUAACAUUGUGGAAUCAUCCUCCAAUCGUUCAGCUUUGAACAUAAUCCAAACAUAAUAUACGAUUAGAUAUAUUUAUAUGUUUAUAUAUUUACAUAGACAUCCUUAUAAAAUACCACAAUAACCUUAGAUCUUUAAAGUUUAUUACGGAAUGGCAUUUAAAAAAAAACGGUUUAAUAAUAUUGAAGAUGUGGUAUUUAAUUUCAUUCAUAGAAUUUCAAACCUAAACAAUUUUAUGAUAAGAGUGAAAUACUAAUGAUAUUAGAUUAUUAUUGACGAAAAAUUGUUUUUGACAUUAACAAACUAUGAUACAUAUUAAUGAUUAAUAUUAGAGGUAUUUUAUUAAUUCAUAAGUAUUGAUUUAUUUGGAAGUAUACAAACUAGAUAAAUUCAUUUGGUGCCAAGCGUAUUAAGUACAUGAAAAUUUAUGAAUUUCUAUAGCAGGUCUAUUACAUAUAUAUUUAUAUAUCAUAUUAUUAUUAUUAAUUCAUAAUAAUCUAAAUUCUAUUCUCUAGUUUUAAUGCUGGUUGCAUAGUAUUUACAAUAUAUUUAAUAUUGUUAAAGCAGAUGUUUAAAUAUGCCAAUAUUAAAUUAAUGAGCGUCUGUGUUUGAUCUCUAAUAUUAUGUUUAUACAAUUUCAUGAUCGCACAAAACACAAUAUUAUUGUCCCGCUAAUACAUGAAUAAGUUCCUAAGUAGGUAGCAGGAAAAUUGAAACUAUGUACGACGAUAAAAAAAAACUAUGAAAUCCAUAGAUUUUUUAAAUGAUUAUAAUAUUUGUUAUUUUUUUUUUUUUUUUUUUGACAAACUAUUCUAUUCUUCCAUUUUAAUUAUUAAUAAUUAUUAGACUAAAAAAAAAAAAUAUUUUUGUACUCUAGUUAUGUUUGAUUUAUUAUUUUUUUUACUUUUAAUUAUAUUAUUCAUUGUUAUUAAAAAAAAAAAGUUUAUAGUUAUAUUUGUAGCUCCAUAUAAUAUUAUUUUUUUUUUUUAGUAUGGAUAUUAAGUGAUUUAAAAUAAUAAAAUAUGUAUUAUGACAUAAUAAAAUAAGGUACAAAUGUCCAUUAAUACUGUCUUCGUUUCCUUUCUCAAUGCAUUUUCUAGUAAAUAUUUUCAAUCCAAUGUAAAUUAAUUUAAAUAAUCCUAUAUGAUUUUAAUAGUAGAGCUCACAUUUUAGUUUCUAAAACAUAAAUUAAACCAAUUAUUUAUUUUAAUUGAUUUUUAAGUAGCUAUUCCAAAGAAUAUUUAUAUAUUUCAAAAGAACUAUAAUAAGUUUUAACUUUGGUUGAGCAUAUGGUUUAGUUGAAUUACAAUUUGAUAAAUUAGUUUUUAUUAACUCAAUUGAUUACCUACCUCUUAUACUAUAACACAAUAUGUUGUAGUUUUGAAAUAUGAUCAAUGCAUACAUAUUAUUCAUAAUUAGUUAUUAAAUUUCUAAAAGAAUUCCAGAAUAUUUUACUGCCAUAAAAAUAAAUUAAUGUUCUCAUAUCUUCUGUUUAUUAAUAAUUAUUCAUAGUAUGAUAAAUUACAUUACUAAAGUACAUUACUUACAGUUUAAAUUGUUAAUUGGUAUUCAAUUGUUAUGAGUGACACCUAUAAGUAUUUUUAGAAAAUAAAAACAAAGUAGAAUUUUGGCAUUUGUACAAAAACUUUUGAUGUAUUGGCCAAAAAUAUGACAAUCUUGUACAAUUUGAUUUCAAUAGUAAACAUUUACUAUCUAUGUGGUAUUUUACAUUGUUAAUAUGUAAUUGUUAAUUUUAGAGUUGAUUAUAACUUGAUUAUAUCCAUAGAAGAUAUAAUUUAGUUUAUACAAGUAGGUACUCUGUAUUAAUUUUCAUAAUACUUUAAUUUAUGGUUUACUAUAAUAUAAUCUGCUCAGAUAGGUAGGUAUUCUAUUUCAGCAUUAGGGUUUUGUAGUUAAAAUGAUAACAUAACCAUUUUAAAAUUAUUACCUAGUUUUGGAAAACAUUGAAAAUUUUCCGAUUCAUUCAUGGUAUUUUAAUAAAAAUUGCAUGCAACAUCUGCCUAGUAAUUAGUACUUUAUAAGAAAAAUAGUUCAGUAGUUUAUCCCCUAUGCCUUAUUUUGUUGUUUUGUAGGUUACUUCGGAAACAAGGGACAUAUGAAUAUUUUACUACAUUACUACUUUGUUAAGAAUAGGUUAUUUUCGUUUGCAAUGAUCUAUUGCUGCAUAGUACAUACCGAUUAUAAACUAAAAUAGAGUUAUACAAUAUACAUUUUAUACCUUGCCAACUAUCCACCUGCAUCAGUGGCCUCCAUAUAUAAACUCUCAAAUUUUGAUUCAUAACCCCCACCCCCACGGAAAAUAAAUCCUGGUUGCACAACUGUAGCCAAAAUUAAAGGAGCCUCAGGGCGGUGUGUUAUUUGGGUAUAACUGAUCGGCUUGCUAUGUCUUGUUUAAGUCACUGGGAUUUAGAUCUAAAUAGGCCAAAUUUGUAUAUUGUUUGUAUAUAAACAAAUGAAAUUAAAUAAAUAUAUUAUUAUUAUUAUUAUUAAGCAUUUAUUUUAAGAAUAAUGGGCCCCACUGAGCUUGCUCAUGUGGGGAGGGGGACCAUGGGAACUAUCGUAAAAUUGUUUAAAUUUUUUUUCUUAAAGUUAGUUGUUAACAAACUUCAUGGUAGAGAUUAAAUAUUAGAGAAUACAUAAAAAUGAAUAAAUGAAAAACAGCAAGCAAAAAUAAAAAACACAAAGUAAACAUAUAUGAAAAUACAAAGGGAAAACCGUUAUUAAUAAUUAAUAUACAGAGUAAAAUUAUGACAUAUUAAGAGAGUAUUUUUAACAAGUCUCCCAUUUACUGUAUAAACCAUUCCUGUAAUUUUACUUUAAAAAUUUUGAAUUUUUCACCAAGUAGCUCUUGUGGAAGUUUAUUGUAUAUAAAUGAUCCAAAAACGUGUGUGACAAUUGGGUGAUGGUUUUAUGUAUUUUGGGAAUGAUAAUAUUAUUGAUUUUAUAUCUUGUGUUAAAUGUGUGGUUUGUUGCUAACGUUAAAUUAUUUUUGACCAUGAAUAUAACAGUUGUUUUAUAAAAAAGUUUUUAAGUAGUGAAACAUUAAACUUUGAAUAAAGAUUGUUGAUAUGGUAUGAAUCAUUUUUUAUUCAAAAUGAUCGUACAUUAUUUUGUGUUAUGUGGAGAUGACGGUUUGUUUUAUCAAACACUACCCCAAACACUUUAGAGAGGUAAUUUUGCGAUUUUCUCAGGACUUUUCCCAACAAAUGUUAAACAUCGGGAAAGCAUAACUAUCAAAUGAAUUCCACUUUGAAUAGUCUUUUCGUAAGCAUGGUUUGCUUACAGGUAAACAUUAAAUUACAUUUAACAGUAGCUGCACCAGUCACGAUUAUCCAAGGACAUCUAUCUAUUAAUACAUUUUUCCUUGAACUAACAAAUGUUGUAAAUCAACUAAAACUAUAAUAGCUGUUAACAGUCAGCAGAUAUUAUGGUAUAAAAUAACAGUCGUCAAAUUUUGUACUUGGAAGUCGGCAAAAUUCACUCCAAACCCCCUGAAAAAUAAACCUUAGGAUCAGGGCCGGAUUUAGACCUCUGGAUGCCCGGGGCAAAUGUCUUUUUGAGGCCCUUAACAGUAAACUCUCUAUAUCAGUCAACUGGUGAGCAUAACCAUUUAGUUGAGAGUCAACAGAAAAUUAAACGAUACAACUUGAGAGAGAACUGUAAAUUUCAUGAAUUAUAAGAGUUAUAACAAGGGCAGUUUCAUCUACAAAAUUAGUAAAUUUUCCGCAUUUUAUAAGUUCAAGGGCUAUAUUUUUAAUUUUUAUAUUCUUUAGUUUUGAUAGUAAUAUUAUGUGGUCAACCGUAAUGAAGGCUUUCGUGAGGUCCAAAUAAACUGUGACACAUUAUUGUUGUGUGCAUUAUAAAUGUCUUUCAUAAUAUUGGAAAUUGCUUGAUCUGUACCUUUUUUUAGGUCUAAAAUCAAAUUGAAAUGUUGAUAGUAAAUUAUUCAACUAUAGAUAUGGUUAAAGUUCAUGUUUAAUAAUUUGUUCAAAUAUUUUUAAGAUAUUUGAUAUCGAAAUAGGUAGGUAGUUUUCGAUUUUUUGUUUGCUCUCUUUUUUGAAAGUUAGUGUGAUUAUUGUUGUUUUGAAUACCUCGGGAAAAAUACUUUUAGAAAUAGAUGUGUUAAACACAUGCGAAAGUAGUACAAUCAGCUUAUUUAAAUUAGAUUUGAUCAUGUCAUUUGUAUUUUGUCAUAUCAUGGUGCAGAGUUGUUUUUUAAAGAUUUAGCGGUUUUUGAGAUAGCAUCGUUGGUUGUAUAUUUAAAACUAUUAAGGCCUUGUUAUGUGUUCAAUGGAACGGGUUUAUUUUAAGUAUAUUGAUUUGUAAAUAUCGUUUUACGGUCUAUUAUUUUUUCUGUCAUUUUCUUUACAACCUUUUUGAUCAACGAUAGUGGAAAUGUGAUAUUUUGUUUAUUUCUGUUUGUUGUUUUAUUAAUUGGUUCCCAGCAACGUUUGUUUUUAUUUUAAGCUUUCAGUGUUUCCGAUACUCAAUUUCUUAAUUGUUUACAGUAUGAUUUUAAUGUGGUAUUUUCUGGAUGAUUUUUAGUUUGUUUAAAAGAAUAAUUAUCUUUGAGAGAAAAAUCAUUAAGACAAAUUGUUGAUCCCAUUUAUAACCUUGACAACAGCUGUGGUAAAGAUAGUCAAAUAAACAGUUGAAAUAAUUUUUCAAAAAGGAUAAAUAAUUAAAUUUAUAAAGACACUAAAAUGGAAUAGUUAGGAGAGCAGAUCAUUAUAUGGUUAAAAUAGUUGUAAUUCAGUAAAAAAUCAUUGUAGGGAUCUAAAAUUUUCACAGAAUACUAACAUUGGACUUUUCUAGACGUGUUCAUAUGUUAAAAAAAUUGACGAUUUUUGAGUAAUUUAUAAACAUUCGGCAUUUGCUGUUUUUUUUUUUUGUUUUUAUUUGAUUUAAAAUGAAUAAAAUUGUUUGGCUGAACAGAAAAGCUUAACAAUUUAAUCAGAAUUUCUGAUUCAAGUAGAUAUUAGAAAAUAAAGAUGUAUUGAAAUACACUCUCCUCAUAAAAAAAUUACGAUCAUUAAUUAUAGAUAAGCGAUGAUGAUGACUAAAACGAUUUUAUUUAAAAGGUAUUAUUAUUUAAGUUAUUCACGGACAGAUAAACAAAAUACGAAUUACAAUAAUACCAGUACGUUUCUGUAUUACAUAUUUCAUAUGUGGUAUCGAUGUAGUCUGUGUUUAUCAGUUCGAUUGUUUAAUCAAGUAACGUAUUAAAUAUUUUCUAUUAUAAACCAGUUAAAAAAAAUCAUUUAAAUUUUAAACUAUAAUAGGUAUUUUUCAUUCAUUAGCUGUAAGAAUUUAUAAUCAUAAAAUAAUCGAAAAUAAUGUAAUUAUCAUACGUAUAUUUAAUAAUUUUUAAAUCUCGUCCAGUUGGUGCAUUGAGAACGGUUAUUAUAUACGUUGUAGUCUACAACGGGCUAUCGCCGCCACCGUCGACUCGUGUCAUGGGAUCCUGGUACACGGCUCGCGGUUUCGACGACGUCGUCAUCGCAGGCUCCUCCCCCGCGGCGUAGCUAACGUCGCUAUCAAAGGUUAGCCGCCGUGUCGGCUAAUACCGACAGGAUAGUAAGCAGGUGGUAGGGUAAUGAUGAUGGAAAAUUAAUAAACAUAAAGUUAUUUGAUUUAAAUCUGUAAUCAACGAUCAACCAUUGCAAACAAAAUGCGAUUCUGAGCGAAGUUCAUACAUGUUUUGAAAUAUAAAUUAUAAUUAUACUUAUUAAUUGAAAUAUAUAUUUACGAUUUUCGACGAAAUUUCAGCUUAAAACGGUUAUAAAAAAAAAAAAAUUUAAACAAAAUCAUUAGUGUUAUCAUCUCUUAAUUAUUUCAGCCGAUUGUCAUAUGCAAAAUAAAUAAAAUAAGAUUGCUAACGAAAUACGAGUCUGAGCGAAUUUCAAUUAUACUUACACGUUUUGAAACGAUGUACCAUAUAAUAUUUACGAUUUUCGAUGAAAAAAAAACUACUACAUAAUGCUUCACUAAUGCUACACCUAGAUACGAUCAAUUAUUAAGAAAACGUUUUUUCCAUUAAUUAUGAAAAUCAAAAAUGACUUCCCUAAAGUAAGUAGCAUCGCGGUCAAAUUUAAUUUCAGAAAAAAACGGUACACUUGAAAAUCUGAGCAAAAUUUCACGUCGACAUUUGUUCUCAAAAUUAAAAAAAAAAUUAACAUCAUUGUAAAAUCAAUAAGUAGGCACAUUCCUCACUCCGCUCAAAAUCUAAAAACGUUUCGUAAUAAAACCAAUCGAUCACUUGCUGCUACGCUCAUAAUUUUAAAAAACUAAAUAAGUAAAGAUAAUAAAUACUUACCUAAAAUAAUUCUUCAAAAAUUAUAAUUGUAAAAACGUAGGUAUCAUAAUGUAGAGUUUUAAUAAAAUUAUUAAUAAAUACAAAACACCACAAUUUGUGAAAAAACACAUUUCAAAGAGUAGGUUUUUUUUAAUUUGACAUUACGAAUGAUAAAAAAAAAACAAAAAAAUCAAAAACAAGAAAUUUAACGUUCGAUAACCACCAUGAUUUCGUUUCAAGAGCUCACGUUGGACUUGUAAAAAAAAAUACCGAAAGUAAACCCUAAUUUCAGGUAGACAAUACGGGGAAAAGAUAUUUAAAAAUGCGAAACUAGAAACUCGGUAAUUACCGUGAGUCAAACCAUAAAACCGACAAACUUUAAAUCGCUAAUUUAUCUUCCCUAGCGUUAAUUGUUGAUAUGAUGAUUAACAACAACCGGUUCUUCUUUAUCGAUACACAAAUUUUUAUGGUACCAGUAAUCAAACUAAAUUUUUAGAAAAAUCCCCGAAUUAUCGGGAAAAAAAUUCUACAUUCGAUAGAAACUUACCAAUAACAUUAUCUUCGUCUUUAAAGACACAACAUUUAAUUAUUCUCUAAUGUCUACUAAAAAUAUAGUCUUAUACUAUACGAUAAUAAAUGUGUGAGCAUCAAUUCGUAUUAUUUUCACAUUAUUAAAUUAAACCAAUUUAAUAAAAAGUUACUCUAUUUGGGUACUUAACAAAAUAAAAAAAAACUGUUGUAUGAAACAUGUAUUUUAUGCGGUUAUUAAUUCAAUUAGUGAAUACUAAUUAGUUAAAUAUAAAAUUAAAAAUAAUACGAAAUCAUGUUUUUCAGCCAGGAUUCAUAUUUUAUGGGUUUUAAUCAAUAUUGAUAUAUUAUAGCGAUACUAAUACUAUGGUAAUUUUAGGAUGAAUCACUCUAGCUGGUUAAUAUAGGUCCACUAACCUCAUCUGUGACUGCAGUUUGGACUUAUUACUGAUCAUGCCAAAUCUGAAACAUUAAAGAAAAAAAAAAUUGAAUUACAAUUGUAUACCAACUUAUAAAUAUGAAGAUGGGUUAUGUAUAAGAGUUAAAAAUACAAAUCAGAAAGUGUUAUAGCAGAAAAUCAUGUUAUUCAAAAAUAUAAAAUAUGAAACAAAUUUUAUCCGAAAAUGUAAAAUAAUAUUCGUUUAUAAAUUAUUAAAAUUAAUUUAGAUGCAGUACUGUUUGUAAAAAAAAAAAGAACUGAGACUGGAACGGAUGCCAUUAUUUUCUUAGAUUUUCCCGUUCUUUGUACGUUUUUUUUACGGAUUUGAUCAAUUUUUUUUAAAAAAAAAAUAAACUAUAAAGAAAGAGAAAUAAAAGAAAGAUUUCUUGUCGUUUUUUCAUUAGAGUAGUAUAUCUGGUAGAAAACAUAAACCGUAAGAAUUUGAAAUAAAUUAAUCAUUACGCCGUCAUAAUUUAUUCAGUUUUAUUGUUUGUCUUUUUCCCGAUUUUUCCAAACUAUUAUGAAAAUUACUUGAAACAUCAAAAAAUCACUUUGGAAACAACUAGAUUUGAAAUUAAACAGAAAAAGUCUGUAACCCUUAUUUGAUUAAAGCAAUAUUUCUAGUAGAAAACAUUGUUCAUAAAAAUUAAAAAAACCACGGAUCUGUCACAUAUCUGCACUUAUAUGACUAGAAAUUAUUCAUAAUGUAUAUAGAUACAUUAUUAUUUCAAAAAUGAUAAGAGUGUACAAGCAUAGAUAAAAUAUACUUAUAUUAGUAUAUUAUUUAAUCCAUGGUAUAAGCAGUAAAACAUUCUACAGAGUUGAUACUCUUGGACGGUUGUAUGCCACUGCAGUGCACUGUGCCGCCGCAACCUACCCACGGUCAUGGGAUCCUGGUACACAGCUCGCGGUUUCGACGACGUCGUCAUCCUAGGCUCCUCCCCCGCGGCGUGGCCAACGUCGCUGUCAAAGGCUAGCCGCCCCGUGCCGUCAUAAUACAGAAUAAUAAAAGCUGAUACCACUGAAGGGUGCUCGCCUGGUUUAGGUGGUUGUAGGUUGGCAAGGUAGGAUACAGAAAAUAAUUCCAUUUGUAUACUUGCUAACGAAAAACGAUUCUGGGUGAAGUUAUGUUAUGUCAUAUUAUUGUAACAUUUGUUAUAUUUGCGAUUUUCGUUAAAAUUUGAUUAUUUUAAAAUUCUUAUAUAUAUAAAAAAAAAAUACAUUUUAUUACUCGAUUUUUUUUUUUUUUUUUUUACCACUUUGUACGACCUAUAGCUCUAGCUAGAUGUUCAAACAUUUCGAUUUAGUCUAACAAUUAUAUCCACAGAGUACCUACCGAAUAAAAACUCCGUCGAAAACUUGCUAAAGUAAAAUGUCUUUAAAUGGUUUUAAAACAGGUUAAAUGUUUUGAACAUUUUACCACGUCUAGAAAAGGGAAGUAUACAUUUUCUAUCGCUUUUUCUCAAGUUUCUACGAAUAUUUUUAACUGAAUUACAACAAAAAAACAUAAUCGAAAAUAAUAUAAUCAUUAUUUACGAAAAUUUUCCCGUAUUUCUUAAGUUUUAACUCGGAUUUGGAACAAAUCUAGUUUACGACCCGAUCCAGUUUUUCAAAUUUGUGUUUUUGCAUUAACAUUAAGAAUCUAAAAAUAAUUCGGAUAAAAUUCGUUUGGAAGUUAUGUCGGAAAACUUCAUAAAGUUCGAGUUUUCCGUUUCGCGUAUUUUUCAGUGAGAAUUUAAAAUUUAAAAAUUUUUUUUUUCCAAAAUGUGCGAUUAUUUUUAAUGCUUAAUCCAUUGGUCCAAUCAAAACGUAUCUAUCAUACUUAUUUUUAUAGUAAUUGUACAUGACCUUGAAAAAUACCAUUUUUGGAAUUAAUGUGGUCGAAAAAAGAAAUUAUUUUUAUUAAUAUUAUAAUUUUUAGUUAUUGGUAUUUUGAUAACAAAGUAUUUUUAUGGAAGUCAGAAUAAGUCAAUCUGGUUUAGAUUUAGUGUUACAAACGUUCAAACCCGUCGUGUUUCGUAUUUAUUUUAGAUAUAAAAAUGUAUAGAAAUUCGAAAAAAAAAAAGGUAGGCCAAAUUUAUAUUUAAAAAUAUUUACGUUUCGCUACCGGCGUAGGUUUGCCGGUAGCGCAAACCUCGGUUUCGCGAUGGAACCGGAAAAUUUAUACCGCUGUCUUACACGAAUCCAAAAGCGUUUUUUUUUAAAAUUUCCUUGUUAAUUUACUCGGAAAACUAACAUAUAGGAUGAAAAUGUCGAGUACUCACUGUGCCGUCACGGUCCUUAACUGGGCUGUAUAUUUUCCGACAACACGCCACUGUUUUUUUUAAUCUCGAGUCUUGACGAACGACGCAGAACGUCGUAAUAUUCGCGACGGUAUUUUGAUAGAAAAAAUUGCACCACAACGUCGCAUGAAAAAUAAACGGUUGCGCGUUCAAGUAUCGUACGCGGACACGGACAAACACUCGCGAUUAAAGCUCCGAAACGACUGAAAAAGUGAAAAGUGAGCCCGGUCAGAGCGUCUUACGAGCUUAAUCGGUAUCGUCGGCGAUCCAAUGGGUUGACAGCGUUCGCAUCAAACCAAUGGACGCGUUCCAAAAUUGGGACCGGUCCGGUCGUAUCAGUGUGGGCGAAAAUAAAUUCACGAUUAAAAUAUGAUUAUCCGCAAGGCCGCAACUGGAAAAUAGUUUCGGGGGACGGUACGGGGUGUAAUUGUUACAAAAGAUGUGCGAUGUUCUAAUUUUAUUGAUUAAAACAUUAAUUUAUUCACAUCAUAUAUAUAAUACAACAAAUUUUCGGGGGUUUGAACCCCCAAUACCCCCGAUUAGCCACCUGUAUACAUAUAAUAUUAUAUAAAUAAGGCUUGGAAAAGAAAUUGAAAGUGUCGGUACUUUAACUGGAAUCUUUUUCGAUUUUUUUUGAAAAACGUAACCGGAAUCGUUAUUGUUCGUACAUAAUCUAUUGGUAUUUUCGGUUCCAAUUUUAUGUGGAUAAGAUUUAAUUUACUUGGUCGUGCAUUUUGAUUGGUAUUGUACAUAUGGUUGUACCUACAUGAAUUUAUAAACUUACCUGAUAUUAUUAUAUAUUGUUAAAUUGUAUUCUAUAAUCUAUACAAGUUCCAUUCCAUCGAUAAAAUAUGCACAGUUAUUAAAAUAAAAUUGGGUAUAAAUAUAUAAAUUACGUCUUGAUUAUUUCCUUAUAUUCAUCUAUAAAUAGUUAUAUAUAGCACUGAACCUUUCAAAUGUAAAACUAAAGUUGAUAUAACAGGUCUUUUGUUCUUAUCGCGACUGAAUGACAAAAUUUGAUAUUUAAUAUUUAUGUAGUACUAUUGUGUAUCUAUAAUAAUAUUGAAUUAAUUUGUUUUCAAUUACUUUCAUUAAUUUUACAAACAGAUACCUACCUAAAGGUUCAGUAUUCACAAUGGGCCGCACAACUGUAUCCAUCUUCUAUGUAUACCUCCAUAGCCCAUAAUAUGCUAAGGAAACUAAAGAAUCUGUAUGUAAAGAUUGAAAUGGAAAAGUAAAAGUAAGUUGAAUAAAUAAUACGUAAGUACACCUUUGAUUUUAUAUUUUAAAAGUUCAUGAAACCCACAUGUAAUGUCUACGUCUUACAAACGUAGGUGACAUCGAUUAAGUUAGACAUAACUAAUCAAUUUGGGUUCAGCUGAGUUAAUUUUUUGCAGUUAGCUCAAUUCAUUAGUAUAAAUAUUAAGUAAAAGAUAAAAGUAAAAAUCUAAGAAGCAACCGCCCAGGGGUUUGAUGAAUUUUUAAAUUGUGAUAACUCAUUUGGCCGAAUCAAACUUGAAAAUUUAAAAAUCGAAAAUAAAACUUUUAUCGUUGCACAGAUAUUAUUCUUAUCUUUAAGAUAGAUUUAUUAUUCAAUUCAUUCUAAUAUUGAAACUAACAGCACAAAUUUGUCCCAACUGAAUGUAAUUUGGCUAGGUACCUGGAUUACCUAUGUCGUAUAUUUGUAUGCAAGUCCAAUUAACCAUCCGAGUAGGUACCUAGGUAAAAGUAUGUAUAAUAUGAUCAAUGCUCAAAUUGGAGGACAAAGAACUUCUAAUUGAUUUUUUUUUUUUUUAUUGGUACUAAGGGACAAUAAGUCUCUUUGCUAAUAAUGAUAUUUAACCAAAAAAACAUUAUCAACUCAGAUAUAGCCAAUAUAAGUAGGUAGGUAUUCAAUAUAUAUUAGAUUUUUGAGAAUUUAACAUUUUAAUAUUAUAAUAUUCAAUUCUAAACAAAAUUAAUACAGCAUAUUAUUAUUCAACUAUAAGUAAUUAUUAUAAUCAUUAUAUUUUCAGUACUUUGCACUUUAGUAGUUUUAUACUGUGUGAUAAUAAAAUAAACUAAUUUAACCAAACAUCUAAGCAUUAUGAGAAAACAAGAAACAAUUUUAUAAAUGUAUGGGUAAAAUAAAUUGCUACUUAUAUAGCUAUGUAAUUUUAUCUAUGGUAUAAACACACUUAAAAUAAAUAAAUACCUAUAUAAUCGAAAACAGCUUACAAGAAUUAAAUUAAGUAUUUUUGUUGGUUUUGAUAAAUUACUAAUUAUUGAAUUAUGUUGAAUUGUAGAGGGCAUUAGUUUUUUUUAUAGUCAGUAAUGUUGGGUAUAAUCUUUUUAAACAUAAAUUUUUUUGUCGUCCUAUUUGUCCUGUUUGUCGUUCAACUAAAAUAUUCUUUAAAUAAUUUAAAAUUAUGGGGUACAAGGUAUUAUUUAUUGAGUGUGUUUGUGAUGAUGAGAUGCUCCUGGAACACAACGUUAAAGAUGUAAUUUUUUUUAUAUUAAUACACUGUGAAAUAUGGAUCAGUUCUAUAGGACCCAUAUGCAGCCUCUAACUUAUUACAACUUGAAAGAGUUCAGUGUACAUAUUUAAGUUGUGUUUUAUUCACUCUUAAAAUAAGACAACAAUCAUAUGGUUUCUUCAUAUUGGUGGUACAAAAUGUUAAAAAAAAUUCAAAUACCUACCUGAUUUAUAUGAAAUAUUUUAAUUCAAAAUUUUAAUGUAUUUAUAUACAACGGGUAUAGUAUUAUGUUAUAUAAAAAUAAUACCCAAUGUAUAUUGUGUACAAUAUAUACCUACAUGAAUUUAUUUGUUUUUUUCUUUUAUGAAAAUAUUAAAUUAUUAACUGUUACAUAAUAAUCACAUGUUAAAUUAUUGGAGUAAAUUCUAAAGUUUAUUUGAAGGGCAAUACAAAAUGUAUCAUGAAACCAAUGUUUCAAGUAUUAAAGCAUUAUUAAUGUUAAACCUAAACAUAAUUUUAACUUGAAAAUAUCUUUAUCAAUGAUUAAAAGGUUUAACUAUGAUAAAAUUUAUUCCCAAUAUAAAUUCUAUACAAUUUUCAUUCUACAUCUGAUAUUAAAUAUUAAAAACAAUUGAAACCUAGUUAAUAAUUUAAAUUGCCAAUAUCAUAUUAUUUCUCUGAAAUACUACUUCUACAGGUACAUAAAAAAAUAUUUAAUAUUUUUUUUACAUAAUAUAUUUGUAAAUGUAUGUUGAUUUUUAAAUUGUUUUAUUUACAGUGUUUUGUGUGAGCUCAUACAGGCGUAAACAUAUUGAGUCGUAUAGUAGCCAUGACCUCUUCCGUAAGGAAAACAGUGAAGCAGCUGAGAUUCGUCAAUUAAGUGCCCAAGAAGCACAAGAUGAUGCCACAAAAUGGUUACAAGAUGGAGGAGAUGUAGCUGUAAGUAUUUAGUUACCUAUCCGCAUGUAUUAAUGUACAUUUUAAAUGACAUUUUUUUUU